AAUACAGUACUGAAAUAUUGUGUUCCAGUCCAUCUAUAAUGUAACUUCCUUUUCCGUUAUCGCCAUACAUAGACGAUGUAUUCGGCGAGAGCUAAGAUUGUGAAACCUCAAGGCGAGAAGCCUGAUGAAUUUGAAUCGUCCAUCUCACAGGCUCUCCUGGAGUUGGAGAUGAACAGCGAUUUGAAAGCCCAGCUCCGUGAACUCUACAUCACAGCUGCCAAGGAAAUCGAUGUUGCGGGCAAGAAGGCCAUCAUGAUAUUUGUGCCAGUGCCCCAGUUAAAGAGCUACCAGAAGAUCCAGACUCGCCUCGUCCGAGAGCUUGAGAAGAAAUUCAGUGGCAAACAUGUGGUAUUCAUUGCACAGAGAAGAAUUCUGCCGAAACCAACCAGAAAGACCAAGAGAAAACAGAAGCAGAAGAGACCACGAAGCCGUACUCUGACGUCUGUCCAUGAAUCUAUCCUGGACGACCUGUGUUUCCCUUCUGAGAUUGUUGGCAAGCGGAUCCGGAUCAAGCUGGAUGGAUCCCGUCUUAUCAAGGUCCACCUUGAGAAAACCCAACAAACAAACAUUGAGCAUAAGUUGGACACAUUCACUGCAGUGUACAAGAAAUUGACUGGCAAAGACGUUAAUUUUGAGUUUCCCGAAUAGAUGCUCUUAUUUGUACAUUCAAAAUAAAUUAAUUGGCGAAGAA